CUUCUAAUCCCACAGAUUAGUGCCCGCGCUAGCUCGCCGCCCGAGAGUGUUUUAUCGUGCUGCACGGUUUCUUUACGUUGAUAAUUUUUAUGUCAUGUCUUUGCCACGUAACCAGUGGAUGUAGAGGUCGGUGGCCGGGCCGGGGCGGGAGGAGAGCGCGAGAGGAGGUCAAAGUGCACUCCGACUGCAGGAAGUGUACAACUCUUGGCGGGACGUAUUACUUUUUUCGUGGAUGGAGCCAGGAUUUUGGGAUGCGGUGCCAACUGGAUUUAAUGAAACAUUGCUCGUAUUUUCAUUAUUAUUACAUCAUGGUAAUAGUCUAGUAUGUUUGGGUGGUAGUGGGCGUUCACAGCGCAGCGACUGACUGACUGACUUACACCUGAGAGGAUCAUCUAAUUCCGCAGACAAGAGCAGAUGGUGUCCACUGCUCUCUGAAGGGGAAAUGGAACCAGAGUCUUGUAAGAAGCACAAGGACACUGAUGUGAGGGACCCCACAUGUGAGCUCGCGGGUAUGGUCGGACCGUGUGGGCCUGAGGAGGGAAGGGAGGAGGAGCUGGGUAGAAGAAAGAAGGAUGAAGGUGAGACCCCUGGAGUAGACGUCACAUCGGUGAACUCCGAGACCAGAAACUCCUCUCAUCCAGAAGGGGAAGGAGAAGAGACCCAAUGCCGAGGACGGAGAGAACUGAAGAAGACAAACAGCUGGAAGAUGGUGCGAUUCCAAGAACCGUCCUUGGAGGAUAAUGUGCUGGAGAGGGACAGCUCGUCAGAGAGUCUUUUUCCGGAAUAUGCCAUGGAGGAGUGGACCAUGAUCUCUUUCGAGAAACUGUUCCUGAAAGAAGACUGGAAGCAUAUAACAGAUGACCGACUGCUGAGGAAAAAGGUGCUGGAGCCCGCCGGCCCCUCGGCCCCUCGGCCCAUCUGGGGCCAGCAGGUUACGGUGAAGAUGCAGGCCGUCCUCGAGGACCGCACUGUGGUGGAGAAGGACUGCAAGCUGGUGUUUGUUAUCGGGGAAAGAGACGUGAGCCAGGCGCUGGAGGAGUGCGUCCUGUCCAUGCACAGGGGCGAGAUCACGUUACUGCUGGCUGAUUCCCAGUACACAUAUGGGCUCAUGGGCAGAGAGCCCGACAUCCCCGCCUGGGCUCCUCUGCUCUACCAGCUGCAGCUGCUGCACGUCAGAGACAAACCAGAUCCGCUGAAUUUGCCGGUAUCCGAUCGCAUCCGCAUUGGCAACCAGAAGCGGGAGCGAGGGAACUUCCAUUUCCAGAGGGAGGAGUACGGCAUGGCCGCACGAGCCUACUGUAUGGCUCUGGACGUGCUCACCACCUGCGGCAGCAGAGAUGCUGGUCAUGGCGAGAAGGGGGAAGAACAGGAGGUGCGCGACUACAGGGUGAAGUGUUUAAACAACCUGGCCGCAGCGCAGCUCAAACUGGAGCAGUACAACGAGGCGCUACAUGCCAGCCGCGACGUCCUGGCCCUCGACCCCAACAACGUCAAGGCUCUCUACAGGGCGGGCAAGAUCCUGUCAGACUUGAGUGAAUACAAAGAGGCCAUGGAGCUGCUCAAGAAGGCCUUGAAACUGGAGCCGACCACCAAGGUGACUCAGCUGACUGGUAGGCAGGUUAGUGCCCUCUUUUGACCAGCCAACGGUGUUAUUUAUUGUACUGGUACAGCUUGGUGGCGGCCAGCUGUAUCUCACUUCGUACCCAGAAAUGUCAUUUUUAUUGUGAAAGCUUAUGUAAUAUGACAUCUGCGACUUUACAACACCCCACAACCUCACGUUCAGCCACGUAGUUCGGUGUGCGGUGGGCCUCACUUAUUAAUUUCGUAUAAGCCACGGGCUGCUAAAAAAAAAAAAGAAAAGAUGGUGGGCUACAAAUGGCCCCAGGCCCGUAAUUUGGACAACACUGGGCUAGAUCAUAGCGCAACAUUUAUGUCGCACUGUUACUGUGUAAAGAACAGUAAGCUGACCCAAAGUGCGAGUCUGCUCAUUGUCUAGACUCGAGACAAAACCAAAAUAUCUUCCCCUCUGGUAAUUGCAACCUGGGCCUCAACGACGGCGGAUAGCAGCAACAGUUGCGCUGGGAGAAAAUCACACUGAUGACUAAACGUGAGCAAACACGCACGCUUUUGUGAACAAAGAGGACAUGUUAGGCCGCGUGUCCCAAUUUUGUUUUUCGUCACGUGCAUGCGGAAAACCUGCAGAAAUAUUUCAGAAACACAAGCAGCUGACAAGAACAUUACACAACAAAUCAAUUUUGUUUUAAAUGAUUUGACCUUCAGAAAUUAAAUAGGCUAAAUAAAUAAAUACAUAAAAGCCCAACAAUGUUAUAGUUUGAAUUACUAGUAUAGUAUAUAAUACAAUUUUGAAGAACUAAUACAGUUGAAAUUGUCUUGGGUUAAAAUUUGAUUUGGAUUAUUCAUGUACUAUACAGUACAGUGCACAGUUUUAUUUUCUGCUGGCAUCUUGUGGAUAUUUUGAAAACUACAGUAAACAGCUGUGCUUUUAUUGUCCAUCCAUCCAUCCAAUUUCUGAGCCGCUUCUCCUCACAAGGGUCGCGGGCGUGCUGGAGCCCAUCCCAGCUAUCAUCGGGCAGGAGGCGGGGUACACCCUGAACUGGUUGCCAGCCAAUCGCAGGGCACUGCUUUUAUUGUAUUUCAUAUGAAAAAUACGGAAUAAAAUGUACAUAGUGUACUAUGCAUUACUGUGUGUUUAAGCAUAUAGAAAGUGUUUUUAAGAGUAUGGUAGAGGUUAAUUGGAGUGUGGGGAAGAUAAGAGUCUGGGGUGAUUUAUACAAAUUUAGAAUAUGGAUAAAUCAGAAUCAGAAUCCUCUGCAUUUGCCAAGUAUGUCAAAAACACACAAGGAAUUUGUCUCCGGUAGUUGGAGCCGCUCCCGUUCGACAAUUAAUACUUUUUACGCAUAAAAACAAUACGGAGUCAUUUAGCCUCUAGCAAUUUAGUGGCAAGAGGGAAGAAGCUGUUGGAAUGUCUGCUUGUUUUAGUUGGCAUUGUUCGAUACCGCCACCUGAGGGAAGGAGCUGGAAGAGGCGGUGACCAGGUUGUGGGGGGGGGUCCAAGAGAAUUUUGCAUGCUCUUAAUUGUCUUAGUUGUGCCAGCGUGCAAGUCCUCAAGGGCGGGUUGGGGGGUACUGACCAUUUUUCCGGCAGUCCUGAUUGUCCGUUGCAGUCGGAGUUUGUCCUUUUUUGUGGCUGUACCAAACCAGACUGUGAUGGAUGAACACAGGACUGAUUCGAUGGCCGCUGUGUAGAACUGCCUCAACGGCUCCUGUGGCAGGCCGUGCUUCCUCAGAAGCCGCAGGAAGUACAUCCUCUGCUGGGCCUUUUUGAGGAUGGAGUUGAUGUUGGUCUCCCACUUCAGGUCCUGAGAGACUGUAAUUCCCAGGAACGUCAUCCACAAACUCAUAUGACAAAAAAUAGAGUUUUGUGUAUUAUUAUUAUUAGUAUUAUUGAAAUUUACAUCCCACCGUGCAGGCCAUCCACGCUGAACUUUCCAAGCUGGUGAAGCGCCAGUCAGGGGGUGAAACCACACGGGAAUGGAAAGCCAAGCCCGCAGAGGUGCUCGGAGACAACCUUGCACCUUUUCUCCUCGCCUCCAGCAAGACAA